AUGGCACCUCAACUUGAGCCGUUUUUCAAGCAGGUCGACCACCUUGCCGAGUCCUUUAUUGACCGCCUGCGAAGAGCAGUGGCAAUCCCUUCUAUUUCUGCGCAGGAUGAAAGAAGAGAAGAUGUCGUCAAAAUGGCACAUUUCCUCGUCUCUGAACUUGAAGCUCUCGGCGCCGAGGUAGAACUGCGACCGCUGGGAAAGGAACACGGCAGAGAGCAUCUUGAACUGCCACCUGUGGUUCUUGCCCGUUAUGGGAAUGAUAAAGAUAAGCGCACAGUUCUUGUUUAUGGUCAUUAUGACGUUCAGCCUGCCACCAAAGAGGAUGGGUGGAACACUGACCCCUUUACUCUAUCCAUUGACGAAACAGGGAGAAUGUAUGGCCGUGGCAGUACCGAUGACAAAGGACCAGUUCUAGGGUGGAUCAAUGUCAUCGAAGCUCAUCGGAGAGCUGGUGUUGACUUUCCAGUCAAUCUUCUUUGCUGCUUCGAAGGCAUGGAGGAAUACGGCUCCCUAGGUUUGGAAGAGUUUGUAAUGGUGGAGGGCAAAAAAUACUUUAAGGAUGCGGACGCUGUGUGCAUAUCUGACAACUAUUGGUUGGGAACUGAGAAACCGUGCUUGACAUACGGCCUUCGGGGCUGUAACUACUACUCUCUAACUAUCUCUGGCCCUGGUCAGGAUUUACAUAGUGGUGUUUUCGGUGGAACUGCCCAUGAGCCGAUGACCGAUUUGGUGACACUCUUGUCACGAUUGGUUGACCCUGCCGGAAAUAUCCUAAUUCCGGGGAUUGCGGAACUCGUUGCACCGGUAGAGGAUUACGAGAAAUGUUUAUAUGAUGCUAUUAGCUACUCGAUGGACGAUUUCCAUGAAUCGCUGGGUAGCAAAACGUCGAUUUUUUCGAGCAAGGAACAGACGUUGAUGCGCCGAUGGAGGUUCCCUUCUCUUUCUAUUCACGGUAUUGAAGGUGCAUACCACAGCCCUGGCGCAAAAACCGUAAUACCUGCUAAGGUUAUUGGGAAAUUCUCUAUCCGAACGGUUCCAGAUAUGAAACCCGAAGAUGUGACUAAAUUGGUGACUGAGUACGUGAACGCCGAAUUCGCGAAGCUAAACAGCAAGAAUACGGCACAGGUUGCCCUGAUGCAUGAUGGGAAGUGGUGGGUUGCUAGUCCCAAGAAUUGGAACUUUACGGCUGCCAGCAAAGCAGUUCAGAGAGUGUUUGGUGUUGCCCCGGACAUGACCCGCGAGGGUGGAAGUAUUCCUAUUACUUUGACUUUUGAAGAGGCUACGGGUAAAAACGUGCUUCUACUUCCAAUGGGUAGUUCGACGGAUGCUCCUCAUUCUGCUAAUGAGAAAUUGGAUCGAAGAAAUUACAUUGAGGGCACAAAACUUUUGGGCGCUUAUCUCCAUUACCUUGCUGAGGAGCCCCUUAUGGCAUAA